AUGUUGUACCUUCUCGCCAUUCUGUUUGUGCCUGCCGCUUUGACGGCAAAAUGCUGCGGCCCUGCCAAGUUCUCCGCCACUAUGUAUGUAGUUGGAACAACUCUUCCCGCAAACGGUGUCCCAAAUUUAUUUGAGUAUGAUCUCCGUUUGUUUUAUGACUACAAUGGAAAGAUGGCCAGAACACAAAUGGAAAUUGCUGGGAAAGAGCAGAUUUCUCUAUUAGACCUAAGUAAAAAUAUAUCGUAUAAUUUGUAUGAUGGUCAUUGCACAAUGGAAAACACAACGCAGCAGGCACAGAGCCCGUGUGUUCCUGAUGAAGCUCAGCUGGUUGGACAUCAAAUGAUGGGAAGUGCUAAUUACAGUCUGGCUGUGGAUACCUGGAGAUGGGCAACGAGCGACUUAACUAUAAAAUUCACAGUGACGAAUGACACCUGCACGAUUGUCCAGAUGUCGAUGUAUGGCAAUAUCGGCGGGUCACCAGGAGAAACGACGUACUUGCUAUCUGAUAUCACAGAAGGAGCGCUUCCAAAUGGAAUCUUCAAUAUCCCUCCAGAAUGCAGAAGUCAUGAGAAUGGUGCAGGACCUGUGGUCGGAUAA